CUCCGACAUAUUGGUACGAACUUGCUGAAGAUGAGUUACGAUCCACCCUUGAAGAGAGACAGAUGGGCGUGGCUAGAAACGUCAUACUAUUCCUUGGUGAUGGAAUGGGCGUUUCAACAGUUACUGCUGGGAGAAUAUUGGCUGGUCAAAUGCUAGACAAGAAAGGGGAGGAGCAUAAACUAAGCUUUGACAGUUUUCCUUAUACGGGUUUAUCAAAGACAUACAACACAGACUCACAAAUCACAGACUCCGCUGCAUCAGCGACUGCAUUCCUUUGUGGGAUUAAGACGAAUCAAGGAUUGCUGGGACUUUCCGCCUCCGCUCAAAGAGGCAUGUGCAACACAACACAGAACGCCCAUGUGGAUUCUAUCCUACGGUGGUCAUCGACAGCAGGUAAAUCGACUGGGAUAGUGACCACGACCAGAAUAACACACGCGACACCAGCCGGGGCGUACGCGCACUCAGCUGACCGGGACUGGGAAACAGACAGGGCGAUACCGGACUCGGAAAAAGCCUGUGAGGACAUCGCACUGCAGCUUAUCACCAGAAAUAGUGAUAUCAACGUGAUCCUUGGUGGAGGACGGGGUGCCUUCUAUCCUGAUGGCGUCCCUGACCCAGAUCCAGACCCAAAGUUUAACACCAACAAGACGAGCAGAACGGACGGCAGGAACUUAAUAGAGGAGUGGAAACUGGACAAGAGAAACAAGAUGGCUAGUCACAGAUUUGUCUACGACAAGCAAGGACUCGAUGAGGUGAAUGUGGCUGAGACAGAUUUUCUGUUGGGUCUGUUUAAGCAGGGCCAUAUGUCCUAUGAGAUUGACAGAAACAAGACCACAGAGCCCUCACUGAGUGACAUGGUCGAAAAAGCCAUUGGGAUCCUCAGCAAAAACGACAAGGGUUUCUUCCUUCUUGUUGAAGGAGGGCGCAUCGACCACGGCCACCACGACAACAGAGCCUCAAGAUCUCUGCACGAAGUGGUAGAACUGGCGGAAGCUGUCGAAAUGGCCACAAAACUGACCAGUAAAUCAGACACACUUACUGUGGUCACCGCUGACCAUUCCCACGUCUUCAACAUCGCAGGAUAUGCUUCUCGGGGCAACCCAAUUUUAGCUGUCAGUGACAUUUUUGGGGAUGUCAACCUGAAGGCCACAGACAAAAUGCCCUAUACUACAAUCCUCUAUGGCAACGGGCCGGGCUACAACUCGACCAGACAAAACCUAACAUACGUAGAUACAGAGGACAAAGAGUAUGUGUACCAGUCUGCGGUACCCAUGAACUCGGAGACACACGGAGGAGAGGAUGUUGCCAUAUACGCUAAAGGGCCACAAUCAUUUCUAUACACGGGUGUUCACGAACAGAGUUACAUCCCUAUUGUAAUGGCCUACGCUUCUUGUGUGGGACCUUUUGCAGAAGGCAAGAAGCCAUGCGCUAGAGAGUUUACAAAACUGAUUCCAACUACAGAAUGUGUAAGUCGUUGGUUGUUUUAA